AUGGCUGCCCAUGGGAUUCCCCGCUACUCGCUCCAAGCGGAGCGGACCGAAGAGGGUCGUCAAAAAGAGCUUCAUAAGAUCGAGAAAUAUCGCGAACUCGACCAGUCGGUCCGUGAAAAGAUCGCUGAACACCAAUAUACACCAGAAAUUCUACAAAAAAUAAGCGAAUUACUGACCAGCAACCCGGAAUACUACACCGUGUGGAAUUAUCGACGCCAGGUUUUGCGAAGUGAGUUUUCGCGAGCCGCAUCAGAUGGCUCAGGUGAAACUGCUACUGCCCAGAUUUCCACUCUGAUCAAGAAUGAUUUACUGUUCUUGGUUCCCCUUUUGCGUAGCUAUCCCAAGUGCUACUGGAUAUGGAACUACCGUACCUGGCUUCUGGAUGAAGCCAAGCGUCUGCUCCCAGUACCUGUUGCGCAGAAAUUCUGGCAGGAAGAACUGGCCCUGGUAGGGAAGAUGCUUAGUUUAGACAGCAGGAACUUUCAUGGUUGGGGUUACAGACACUUUGUCGUGGAGACGCUACGAGAGCUCAAGUCGGAGGAGCAGGAAGGGAAGCAGAUGACCCAAACAGAGUUUGAAUAUGCAAAGAAGAUGAUCGGCGCUAAUCUCUCCAACUUUUCGGCCUGGCACUAUCGUACGAAGCUCAUCCAGCGCUUGUUGUCCGAGAACGCGGCUAGUGAUGAGGAACGAAAGAAAAUGCUCGAUGAUGAACUGGACUUGAUCCAUCGUGCCCUGUGCGACCCGUAUGACCAGUCAUUGUGGUUCUAUCACCAAAACCUGAUGUGCACCUUCGAUCCAUCGGUAGCGGAUCAGACGCUGGCACCGAAGUUGAGUGAUGCGGAGCGUUUGGAUUAUCUCCGACACGAAAUCGACGAGAUUCAGGAAAUGCUGGAUGGGGCGGAAGAUUGCAAAUACAUCUACCAAGCACUGAUCGAUUGUACUAUGUUGGCGUGGAGGGUAGAAGGAAGCGCGCCCAGUGGGGAAUCGAAGACGAAGGUGAUGGACUGGCUGGCGGAAUUGAAGAAGCUGGACCCGCUGCGACUUCAACGGUGGCUGGAUUUUGAACAGUCGCUCGGGCGCUGA